AUGCUUUACGAACUCGUGGCAAUUGCUCGUAUAUCUGAUCCUCUUGCCCUUCAUACUGAGGCUAAGGAGCUUGCAUCAACUAUCGGUAAAUUAGUGAUACAAAAUAAGGGUGUGGUGAGAGAGAUAGUGUCAUUAGGUGCAAAGCCGCUACCCAAAAUUAUGAAAAAGGCCAAUGAAAGGCAUUUUCAAGGGUCCCAUUUUUUGAUGCUGUUUGACUCUUCCAGUGCUGUACAAAGAGAGAUAUUGAGAUCUUUGAAAAAUGAUCCUCGGGUUAUCAGAGCUAAUGUGAUCAAGGUUGACGAUUCCACGGACAUGAGUCCCGGUUCAAGUGUCAGCAGAGUAAUGUCCGCACUUAAAGACACGGGAUACGAAGGACUGUAA